CCGCGUUGGCUCCUUUUUCGCGACCAGCUUCAUCCGUGCCAUACGGUUCCUGGAUAAAUACUGGUCUCUGCUUUGUAAAGAUAUUCGCUCAGGAACUGUUGAUGCUCGUGUAACUGAUCCGUCAGUGAGAGAGGCAGUGAUGAAAAUCUUUAAACCUGAUCCAAAUUUAGCUGAUUUUAUUGAGGCUGAAUGCACCAAAGAUUCAUGGAAAGGGAUCAUUACUAGAGUAUGGCCCAAUGCCAAGUAUGUGACUACUACUGUGACUGGAACCAUGUCACAAUAUAUACCUACUCUUGAUUAUUACAGCAGUAGCCUCCCUCUCGUUAGUACCAUCUAUACUGCCUCGGAAGGCUCCUUUGGAAUCAACUUGAACCCUUUUUGUAAGCUUAGUGAAGUCUCUUACACACUUAUUCCCACUAUGGGCUAUUUUGAGUUUUUACCAAAUCGGGGAAACAACGGAGUGAUCAAUUCUAUAUCCAUGCCCAAAACACUUAGCAAGGAAGAGCAACAACAAUUGGUCGAUUUCGCUGAUGUCAAGAUUGGCCAGGAGUACUAGCUCUAUAUAUUCUGGACUCUAUAGAUACAGAGUCGGUGAUGUGCUUCGGGUUGCUGGAUACAAGAACAACGCGCCUCAAUUCAACUUCCUAUGCCGGGAAAAUGUAGUCUUGAGCAUUGAUGCUGACCACACUAAUGAAGUUGAGCUACAAAAUGCAGUGGGCAAUCUGUUUCCAUUUGAUGCACGUGUAACUGAGUACACCAGCUAUGUCGAUCACGCUACCAUUCCAAGCCACUAUGUCCUGUUGUGGGAGCUGAGUGUGCCUCCUUCGGUCUUUGAAGAUUGUUGCCUCACAAUUGAAGAAUCUCUAAACUUCUUCUACCGCGAGGGCCGUGCGUCUGUGAAAUCCAUCGGGCUUCUGGAAAUCAGGGUAGUGGAAAUCGGAACUUUUGACAAGCUCAUGGACUACUGUAUCAGCUUAGGUGCUUCCAUGAGCCAAUACAAGACACCCCUUUGUGUGAAGUUUGAACCCCUUAUUGCCCUGUUGAAUUCUAGGGUGGUGUCCAGCUACUUCAGUCCUAUGUGUCCAAAAUGGGUUCCUGGCUACAGGAAAUGGAACAACACGAAUUGACUGUCAAGCUUUCUGACGACCACUUCCACCUCUACGCUCUUCCUCCUCCUCAUCCUUCAUGCGUCUUGGUUAAUUUAAAUUGCUAAACUGAAUUGUGGUAUUAGCUGUUGAUUAUUCUUUAACGUACAGAGCUCUAUUUAUUCCUUGUUCUCCUUUACACAAGAAUUUGAAAACCAUCCUAUAUUAUAUUUCAUACAAGACUGAAGAUAAAAAGAAACCAGAGAUUCCCUUCCUGACCAAUAUUCAGGUGGCAGCUUAGAGCGAAGCAGUUGUUGCAGCUCCGCGUUCCGAGUUCCGGACACCCCAUAAAUAUUGUGUUGAUUUGCCAAGGCCACGAGUUGAACCAUUGAAAUAUUAUCGAUUCAUACUUUACGAGGUGCUGGGGUAAUAGAUGACAUGGGAGAAACAACUUCAACAUUAUGAACAUUGGAAAUGAUCUGAGUCUCUUGACUUGAAGCAAAACAAAUGAUAGCAUUUUCUUUUGACUUGAAGAACUUGACAUGUUGAAAGCAUUGCAUGCAUUUUGUUGUUUUGAGCAUAAGCUUCUUACGUAACA